ACACUCACACACACACCAAACACACACUCACACACACACUCACACACACACCAAACACACAGUGCUGGAGAAGGUCUGCACGUGUCAGACUCACUGCAGGAUGAAGAUGCAGGUCUGAACCUCCUGAACAAAGAACUGAAACCCAGCCUGCAGAACCUGAACCUCACCUGGAACAACCACUCCACACACUGCAAGCUCUGAUGUUGAGGAUGGAGGUCCUGGUGCUGGUCCUGGUGCUGAUGGGCGUCUCGGUGUCGGGCGCGGUGGAGGGGAACCCCAGGCCCUGCAUGCGGGCGAAGCACAACAACGCCCACAACGUCUUCCUGAAGCGCCACCUGCCGGACGGGGUGCCCCUGCAGACUCUGGACCAGAACCUGUGGGGGGCGCUGCUGAGGCAGAUUAAGACUUGCGGGAGGCCGACGCAGUCCUUCUUCCACUCCAGCCAGAGGGCGCUGGUGAGCAGCGUGUGCACGCGCUCCGGCGGGAAGGCGCUCUCCGGUAACCUGUGCAUCAGCAAGCAGCCGUUUAACUUCGUGACGGUCCGGCUGGACGUGGACGAGGGAACGUGUGGAAUCCGGAGCGUCCGGAACGAGACCAAGCACAUCAUCCUCGGCUGCGAUGAGAUCGGGAACGCCUGCCAGCCCGUCCACUUCGAGGGGAACCCGACCAGCAGAGUGCCCAACAACAACCUGCCGGACUGCGGCGACGGUUCCGCCGGGGGGUCGGGGUCCAGACUGGUCCUCCACCACACCCUCCUGAUCUCCACCCUCAGCGUGAUCGCUUCUCUUAUCUGGUGCUGAACAUGAUAAAUACGGCAGCUUUUAACCAGAAAACAGGACUUUGAUGUUUUUUUUCAUCCAUUUAAACUCAAACGGAUCUAACUGAUACAAAUUUAUAUUAAAAAGCUUUAUUUGGGAAUACAGCAUCAGCAGCAGCUCGAAAAGAGGCGGAGUCUGACUUCACAUGUAUCGGAGGAGGCAUGUGCUGGUCUUCUUCACCCUCCUGGUGUUGGAGCAUCACUAGUGAUAGGGGGAGUCCUAGUGAGUGGGUUGGGUAAUUGGCCGUGCAAAAUUGGGGAGAAAAUGAGAAAAAAUUGAAAUAAAAUUAUAUAUAAAAAAAAGCUUCUCUUCUGUGUGUGAGGCGUUGUGUUAUGACGAAUUUUGUAGCGUAGCACUGCUGAUAUGUUUUUCAUUAUAUUUUUGCUGUAUAUGACUGUUUAUGUUGGAAUUAAAUUAAUUAUUUAAUUAAGUAAUUAAUUCCCAAAUGAAUUUCUUAUUUUUCUGUCUGAGUAGGGCUGAGUAUUAAAAUGAGAUACCAAAAA